AUGCCGGAAAGUGUGGAACUAACUGCCGAGGAAAUUAAAAAACGCAAUCUUCCAUGGAUUGAGAAAUACCGGCCUGUGAAGUUUGAUGAAAUCGUCGGCAAUGAAGACACCGUUGCUAGACUAUCCGUAUUUGCCACACAAGGAAAUGCUCCAAAUAUUAUAAUUGCUGGACCACCUGGUGUGGGUAAAACCACAACCAUACAAUGUUUGGCUCGCAUUCUAUUGGGUGACAGCUAUAAAGAAGCUGUCCUGGAGUUAAAUGCCUCCAAUGAGCGUGGCAUCGAUGUGGUACGUAACAAAAUCAAAAUGUUUGCCCAACAAAAGGUAACGCUACCACGCGGACGCCAUAAGAUCAUUAUAUUGGAUGAGGCAGACAGUAUGACUGAAGGUGCCCAACAGGCCCUUAGACGUACCAUGGAAAUUUACAGUAAUACCACACGUUUUGCUUUGGCCUGUAAUACAAGUGAGAAAAUUAUCGAACCCAUCCAGUCACGUUGUGCCAUGCUGCGUUUCACCAAACUGUCUGAUGCUCAAAUUUUGGCCAAACUCAUCGAAGUAUGUCAACGUGAAAAUUUACAAUACGACGAAGAGGGGUUGGAGGCUAUUGUAUUCACGGCACAGGGUGAUAUGCGUCAAGCAUUGAAUAAUCUACAAUCAACGGCACAGGGUUUUGGUAAAAUCACUGGACCUAACGUCUUUAAGGUUUGCGAUGAACCACAUCCCAUGCUAAUACAAGAUAUGUUGCAGCAUUGUGCUCAAAAUGAUAUACACAAAGCCUAUAAGAUAUUAGCCAAAUUAUGGCGUUUUGGUUAUGCGGCCGAGGAUAUUAUUGGUAAUAUAUUUCGUGUAUGUAAACGGCUAAAUGUUGAUGAACAUAUGAAAUUAAAUUUUAUACGAGAAAUUGGUGUAACACACAUGAAGGUAGUAGAUGGUCUCAAUUCCCUCUUACAAUUAACUAGUCUUCUGGCAAGAUUAUGUGAACUGUCUGAGGCGAACUAUUAG